UUUACCACGUAUUCCGAGCAGUGAGAGUCGAACAGAAACUGGUGGGAAACAUGGCGAUUGAGUGACUCUGUGCCCCUCAUCACUCAACCGCCCGCCGCCCGAUUCCAACACACGCAUCGACGGCCACCAACUCUGAUAAUGGCGAUGGAAAUCCCGAUGGAUGUGAUAAAGCAGGUGCAGAUCUCGCUUCGGAAAGAAGCGGAGCUGUCGUCGUACGACCCGGACGACACGCCGCUGCCGAAUCUACCUUUUGUCGAAGAAACACUAGCGGAGUUGGAUCCAUCCCCGCCGUACCUGAGGUGCAGGCAUUGCAAAGGGCGGCUGCUGAGGGGCGUUCAGACGCUGACCUGCGUCUUCUGCGGCAGAGAACACUGCAAGGACCUCCCUCCCGACCCCAUCAAUUUCCGGGAUACUUUUGGGUACCGUUGGCUGCUCCAGUACCUGAGCUUAAGUGGAUCGGAGGUAGUGGAUUUACCUGUUGGAACAAAUGAAUUAAACAGAGCACAGACUGCGCGGAAGGAUGAGUUAAGUCUGUCUGAUCUCUUAAAUCUUGAAAUAAAAUGGACCUCUAAGCCAGAGAAAACUGAGACUGAUCUCCCAAAUGAGAUCCCCAAUCUCCUCAAAUUUCCAGAUUUGGCUGGAGUCAAUCCCGACAACUUUUUCUUUGAAGGAAAGAAAGAUGGUGCUUCGAGUAAUUCCGAAGAGUUGUUCGGGUCUAGCACACAGAUUGUCGGUAAAGAGAGUUUCCAAGGUCAUGAAACUCUUAGGUUGUUUGAGAAUGUAAAGCCUUUUGAGACAGUUGUGCAGACUACUGAAGGAGAGAGUGGUGAUUCUAGUUGGGCGGCAAGUUUUCAGUUUGCUGCUUCUGAAUCACAAGCUUCUGGAAACCUUCCUCAAGCUUCUGAAACCCUUCCUCUAGCUUCUGAAAACCUUCCUCAAGCUUCUGAAAUACUUCCUCGAGCUUCUGAAAACCUCCCUCAAGCUUCUGAAACCUUUCCCCAAGAAUCAAAAUCCCUUGACCCCUUUGUGGGUUCCACAGUGGAUCUUUCUUCUGCCCAUUCUGCCCACAUAGGCACAGUAUUUGGAUCUGUAGUGGACUCAACAAAUGAAAAAUCAAACCAUAGUGUGACUGGGUCUGCAUCCAUGUCCUCCGACUGGUUUCAAAAUGAUCUGUUGGGCGUUUCCAACUCUGGGUUGUCUGGAGGGCCUGAACGGUUGGAAAUCUUUGCUGAGAUGAAGGGUGGAAUAGCUGAAAAUGUGAAUAACUCUUUUCCUGAUGGUGUCGAUUGGGUUCAAGACAACCAAUUGCAGAUCACUAGCAACAAGGAUCUUGAUAGUAAUACUGUUGUGGAGAAUCAUGAUUCACUUGAUGCUUGGAAUGAUUUCGCAAGCUCGAGUAAUGCACCAAAUGUUGUGGAUAGUUCUGUAAAACAAAGUGGUGUCGAUUGGGUUCAGGACAACCAAUUGCAGACCACUAGCAUUAAGCCUCUUGAUAAUAAGACUACUGAUGCGGAUGAUGAUUCAUUCGACGCUUGGAAUGAUUUUGCUAGCUCGGAUAAUGCAUCAAAUCUUGCAGAUAAUUCUGUAAAACAAAGUAUUAAUCAGAUAACAUGAUCACGUCGAAUCCUUAUGAAAA